AUGUCAUUUUUAGGUUUUGGAGGCUCGAAGAACGGUUCUGCCGGUGCUGCAGCACCUGCCAUCAGCGCCGAGCAGCAGCAGAUUGUCGACCAGAUCAAGGACACGAUAUCGCAGGAAAUUGCGACGACGUAUGCAUCUGCGUUGGUGAACUCGUUGAGCGAGAACUGUUUUGAGAAGUGUGUGAAGGCGCCAAGCGGGAGCUUGGAUGCCACGGAGGACAAGUGCGUCAGCGACUGCAGUGCCAAGUUCAUGCGUGCGUGGAACGUUGUCAGCAGGGCUUACGUUGCAAGAAUCAACCAGCAGUGA